AUGUCUAGUACCGGCUCAGAUUUAAGUACUAGUGGAAUUAUUGGUAUUGUUGUGGGUGGUGUAUUUACAAUUGUUUCUAUUAUUGGAAUUAUUGUAGCUCUAUGUGCUUUGUGUGGUAAGAAAAAUAAUCCAACACAAGUACAACCAUAUUAUCCAUAUCCCAAUUCACAAAAUCCUUAUGGCCAACCAAUGGCUCAAGGUUAUUACCCACAACAACAAGCUUGGAACUCACAGUCGAUGACUUAUAUAGAAAAUCCUUCUUACGGUAGUUCAAAAACAAACUAUUAA